CCAUCGCUGUUCGCAGCAUUGCAAGCUUCCUCCCCUAUCCAUUACCUGUGUUUUCAUUCAGUCUUCCUUAAAACUGCAGUUGGUGUGGUAGGUUGCGAUCGAGUUCAGGAGCUAGCUAUUCAGCUGCGAGUACCGUUCACAGCCAUUACUUCCAUUGUGUUGCCAGAUUUAAAGCCAAGGCCAUGGCUGCAGCAACUCAACUAGCCAUGUCUGCGUCUUCAUUCCUUUGCCCAACUGCCAUCGCCUCGAAGAAGGUUGGAUCUAGCAACACACAAUAUUUUGUCACCCCCACAACCUUAGUCGUGUGUCAGCAAGACAACAAAGAGAGGAAGACCGCAGAUGUCUCCCGCAGAAUAUUUGCAGCAGUAGCUACUUCAGUAACAGCCUUGGGCGUAUUCGUCCAGCCCGAGGCUCAAGCUAAACGCAACAAGCCAGUAGAGGAGAAAAAGAAGGAGGAGACGGAGGAUAAGUCACUCAGUGCUUACGAUGCCAGGUUGCUAGCCAAUGCCAAGCGCAAAGAAGCCAUGAAAGCCAAAAUCGAUGCCGCAAAAGCUGCGGCGAAUCCCAUUGCGUCAGCUGAGAAGUAAAUGCCGCAAGGCAUGUCUGUAAUUUGUAUGUAGUUUAGUGCUCGGCCCUUAUAUGUACGAAGCUUUUUCCUGUACACACGCAGGUAAAACUGUAAAAUGUAUCUGCACAACCGUUGAAAUUCAGUUUCCACACUUGCGUGAGGAAGAAUGAUGAGAAAAUCCACGCUUUGCCUGCCUCCA